AUGAGCCGUGGACAAGAUGCUGUUGUUCAUAUCCGAGAAGAGCGUGCAGUUGUUGGAGGCGUUCAAGUUGCAAAGAAAACGGUGAUAGCUGCCACGGAUGGAGGGUGAGAUGCGAUGCCACCUGAAUUCUCUAAUUUAUAUUGCAAAACGCGAUCGACAGCAUAGUAGAUACCGAAGUUGAAGGGGCAAAUCGAAAUGUUCUGAAUGUUUAAGAACUGGAUCAGAAAGAAUACUUCCUUUAGAGAAUACUAAGCAAGUGUUGUGUUGUUAAAUACAAGUGCUUAGUAGUCGCCAGAGAGAAAGAAGCUGCAGGGACAAUACUGUAAGACUUUGGGAAGUUGUUUAUUGGACCAAAGGCGGAAGUAAUAUAUUGCGUUUUGAUAUGUUCUCCUCUGACUGAAUGUAUAACUAAUCACUAAAUUUGUAAUACUUAUAACUAAUUAGUCGAUCUUCAUAUUUUGGAAAGGAUAAAUGAGCGGAAAUAAAAUUCAUUUCCAUUAUUUAGCCAGUGCCGAUUGUACGACCGCCUCUGGCCCUUCCGAGAAAAAUGGUCUGUCGAAAAGCAUUCGUACGAUAAAUAAAACUGUUUAUAUACGUUCGGAACCGUGAAAACUAACAGCGCGUUUAAGAACGACACACAGUUUUUUUGAAUUGAAAAUCAAAAUAAAUAAUCAUGUAGUGGCAGUGUUUAACCUCAACACAUUCCUUACACGGAAUAGGGAACUUUCACUUUCGAUAUCAUAACGGUUCCACAUGGUUACCUCUUCCCGGAAUCAUUGGCAAAAAAAAAAAAAUAAGCACUUAAUUUGAGUGUCAAUGUAUCAAAGUACGAAAGUAGUAAUUAGGGACACUAUUUUUACGUCUCCUACUGGAGACCGGACCGCCAUUUUACGUGGUCAUCCGAGCCACGCGAAGGUCUAACCGCUUGCAGUUCAAAGGGAGUACCUUAAUUUCUCAGUUAUUUUAAGACCCUCUCAGUUAUUUUAAGAGUUUUGGUCCGGCCCCGGACCUCCCGCUCUGCAGUAACACGCUCUACUGACUGAGCUAACACUGCCGCGGUUAAAAACAUUCCUUAAAACAAUAAGGUUGCCAGUAAUGUUCAAGAAUCAUUGAGUUGGUUAUUAAAUGAGGAAUGAAAUCCUCAGUUGCUGUACAACAAAUCGAAAGAAAAAUACACGAGGUAAUUAAGACAAUGAAUCAACUUGUUUCAAGAGAGUUUUCCAAGUGAAAGUUUAGUGACCGGAGUCAGUGGAGUAAACCUUAACGGCGAGCACCGUGCUAUUGAUUGUAGAAAAGAGAAGACUCAUCGCAAGAAAGAAAAGAUUAUUAAAAAAACUUACUCACUUUUAACAUGGAUCAGGCUCUUUCUCAGGGGUAGACCCUCAAUUCUUUGUCAUGCAGUAUUUUCAAUUUCCUCUUCUUUAACUGCCGGCAGGCUAUAGGAGCACAUGAACUGCCAGGUAUAUUUUCUUGUCUUUUACUUUUGCGAUCCUUUUGUUUUGAUUCUAAAGAUUUGCGUGCCUGUUCAAAGUCAGCAUCUUUCAUAUUCAUAAAUCCGUACUGUUCUUAAACUACCCGUUCAAAACUGGUCAUCAAUUAAAGAACGUCAGGAGUAGGGUUCAUGCGGUCUUCACCGUUGUCCUUCUUUCGAACAGUAAUAAUUACAUCGCUGAUGUAAGCGACCAACUCCGAUCCCUCGGGAGAAUUUCUUCUCGUAUCAAAAGGUUUGACUCGUUCUGUUGCGUUUUCUUCUUUGAGUUGUUGUUGUUAUUGUUCAGUUAUCGCUUUUUAUGACUCUCAAUAACUUCUUUUUGUCUGCAAACCUCAAGCCAUGAUUCUGCAGAACUGGUGUUGUAAACGUUCGCUUUUGAUUCAUUCACUUUGGCAAACCGCAGCACCCUGUAAGGCGGGAAAACUAAUAGGCCAUUUCCGAGUUCCCCCGAGUCUCUGAACCAAAACAAGGUUAAGUGCUCAGCCUUUGAUAUGGAAAUGAUUUUCAUUCUCAUGCAAAUAAAACUCAUGCUCAUGAAAGAGGCUGCGCACUUGGCCUCAUUUUGAAGGUGAUACGAUUUAUAUUUUUCACUAAAGAGAAAACUGCAUGACCAAUACUUAACAAUCAAAUUGUUUCUAAUUUAACAAACCAUUUUCACCGUCAUCUUUGUUUAGAGUAAAUCCCAGUUACUCAUACAUUUGAAAAGGUAAACAUGCAUUAUUUUUUUCUUCAUUGUUAAUAGUUUUCUGGCUUAUCAGGUGAACUCCGUUCAAGCAGCUGGAAGGUAAGAAUAUGAAUUUGUGAUAAAGCAAAUUAAUAUUUACAUUAACUGCCGGCAUGGUAGGCGCAAGAAAAACAUAUAAUAAUAUUCAUAAUUUUAUAAAUGUUCUAAUCAAAGCUGAUAGGACUCGAUUCUUGUUAUUUUUGCCACAGAAAGAGACUGUCCCGAAGUUAUUGGUAACUAAAGAUAUUUUCAGAGUCGACAUAUUAAUAAAUAAUAGGUGAAAAAUCCUUAGGAUGAACACAACUCCCAAAAACUACUCGACAGUUGGCUUUCCUUGCCCAAGACCAUGGGUAAAUUCUCCAUGGUGUUAAGGAAACGUGUGCUUUGAUAUGACUUAGGAUCUAUAGUGACUAUUUUGACUUGCAAUUACUUCCAUCCCACAAGGUUUAUAUUUUCGGGACGGGAUGCGUUACCGUCUCAUUAUCUGUUUAGCGCUCAUGCUCAUCACCUCACUGUGCUUCUUAAUAUCUGGAUAACACAAGAAAUCUUAAUAGAAAAUACAUAAACUCAUAUUUGAUUAUCUUUACAGUGUAUCUGGCAACAACGACCCAAGUAUAGGGUAUCCUGGCCACGCCCAGCGGGCACCAUUACCCAGCUACCCUCAACAGGGAGGAUAUCCUACCUCUAGGCCAGUGGUGAUCGCUGAUCCACCUGAGCGUGACUGCAGCUACCACUGUUUUGCUUGUGACGGUGAUUCCGAAUGGUACGAUCCCAGGGGAAAAGGUAUAACGCUUCUCGACUUUUCACCUAACACGAGCCAUUUUUUUGAUGUUCCUUUUGUAGUAAUGUUAAAGGGUUUAGAAGUUUCCUUUGAAAGGGUACAAUGGCUUAUCUCAACAUAUCUUGAACAAAAACAAACUGAUAAACAAACAAAUAUUACAGUAGACUUGAUCAGAUUUUCUUCAGAAGUGAAAUUUUAAAAUAAUAUUUCUGUGUAUUGCAUACAAAAAGGCCUUAUCUAUCGUCCUGGUACUCUAAGGUAUUUUAACAGUAAGGAAGUGACAAGGAAGGAUUGAGGAAUUCUUACUUUUACAGCAUCACACUUGCCGUUAGUUAGAUUUUAUGGUACAUAAAUAAACGGUGUCUGUCUGUCUGUCCGACAUGAUCCAUCCGUCAAACUGUCUGAUGUCUGUCUACCUUUCUUUUUGUCUGUCCAUGUGUUUGCAUUUUCUUACUCUUUGUCUGUCUGUCUGUCUGUCUGUCUGUUUCUCUUUCUGUUUGUUGUCUUGUGGGUAGUCUGUCUGGCUGUUUGCCUGUACGCCCGUCUGUAAGUAAGUAGACUAGAUAUAUAAGUAUAUUUGAGGGUGGGAUGGGGGCCGUUCAGGGACGUUCAGUACUAGCGAAAAAAUGUGAGACCAAAGAAUGCCUGGCACCCUUUUCAUCUGUUUCGCCCUUAUUUCCAUCUCAUAGUAAUAAUCUAAUCAAUUACUCUAAGACGUACUUUAUAUUCCAUUUAAUGAGGUAAAAGUGUGUUCAAGUAUAGAGCUUUACCUUAUCAUUAAGACCACAAAAUGUUUCGCGCUCGGUUAAUUUCUCCUUCUGCUCACAUUUCUUUACCCCGUCCCCUCAAUCUGAACACCUGGAACAGGAUUUUAGUUCUGCAUUUAAAGAUGCUUCGUCUAAGAACUGCCUGAAAUCAAAGUAUUUUCUUUAUCAUUUUUCAGGUAUUUGUUGGGUGCUACUACUUCUGCUGUUCUGGCUUCUUGUGGGCGCUAUUGUGAUACCACUCAUCAUCUUGUAUCUUGCAUUAGCUUGCUUGUGUGCUAUGUGUAGUAAUGACGAAUAA